AUGUUCAAUCUGCUUAGUUCCGGCGUACCGGAUACGCCCGUUGCGACGAGAGUUGAGGGGUCUGGUGGCGGUGGCGGCGGCCGUCGCGGUGGCGGAUCGGGCAAUGUCAGCGCCGGCGGCGGCUCAGGCAGUGGCGCCGGCGGAUCGGGCAGCGGCGUCGGGUCCGCGACUGGCGGAGCUUCCAGCGGCUCAGUUCCAGCCGGACGGCAAAAGGCCACGCACUACACCAAAGAGGAGUCUGUUGCUGUGGCUAGGGCGUGGGAUGCCGCCACAUCCGACCCCAUAGUGGGCACCGAUCAGAACACGCUGGGCUUUUGGAAGCGCGUCGUAUCAGCGUACAACGAGCUCAAACCUCGCGGUGCCAAAUCGCGUGACGCGGAACAGCUCCGCAAGAAGUGGUCUAGGAUUCUGCCGCCCACCCGGCGGUUCGCGGGCAUAUACUAG